CUACAGGGGGCGCUGUGGUCUGUGCUCUCUCCGCCUUUCUCGGUCCCUUCUCUCCGCCCCCCGGUUUUUUCUCCCAGGUCGGCAUUUCCCGCUCUCCGUGCUGUCGACCGUCCUUCUGGUGGCUCCAGCUCUCGUAGGCCAUCGCUCAGGCCGCGGUGUUUCCAGGAAGGUCCCCCAGUUAGCUGUAGCGUGGUCGGGCAGGUAGUGUAGGAGAGGCACGCGGGAAGCCCGGCCUGCUCCGGGAGGGAGCAGAGGAGCCCCGGCCCGGGUACAGGAUGGCGGUGAGCCUGGAUAAGGAGGCCUAUUACCGGCGGAUCAAACGUCUGUACAGCAACUGGAAGAAAGGUGAAGAUGAUUUCUCCAACGUGGACGCUAUUGUGGUGUCGGUGGGAGUGGAUGAGGAGAUUGUGUAUGCCAAGUCCACCGCCCUGCAGACAUGGCUCUUUGGGUAUGAGUUAACGGACACAAUAAUGGUAUUCUGCGAGGACAAAAUAUUCUUCAUGGCCAGCAAGAAAAAAGUGGAGUUUCUAAAGCAGAUUGCAAAUACAAAAGGCAAUGAGAAUGCUAAUGGCACCCCAGCAAUCACACUGCUCAUCCGGGAGAAGCAAAAUGAGAGCAACAAGGCAAACUUUGACAAGAUGUUAGAGGCCAUUCGAGGCAGCAAGAAGGGAAAACGCAUUGGUGUAUUUAGCAAAGACAAAUUCCCUGGGGAUUUUAUGAAAAGCUGGUAUGACUGCUUGAAUAAAGAGGAUUAUGAGAAGAUGGAUAUUAGUGCUGCUGUAGCUUACACAAUUGCUGUAAAAGAGGACGGUGAACUAAACCUGAUGAAGAAGGCAUCUACCAUCACCUCCGAUGUCUUCAACAAAUUUUUUAAGGAGCGUGUUAUGGAGAUUGUGGAUGCAGAUGAGAAAGUGCGUCACAGCAAGCUUGCAGAGUCAGUAGAGAAAGCUAUAGAGGACAAAAAAUAUCUAGGAGGAACUGACCCAUCAACCAUUGAAAUGUGUUACCCACCCAUUAUCCAGAGUGGAGGCAAUUAUAAUCUUAAAUUCAGCGUCGUCAGUGACAAAAAUCACAUGCACUUUGGGGCGAUCACCUGUGCCAUGGGGGUUCGCUAUAAGUCUUACUGCUCCAAUUUAGUGCGCACUCUUAUGGUGGACCCCACACAAGAAAUGCAAGACAACUAUAGUUUCCUGUUACAGCUGCAGGAUGAGUUGUGCAAGGAACUCAAACACGGUAUGAAAAUUUGUGAAGUCUAUCAGGCAAUAAUGGAUCAGGUGAAGAAACAGAAACCGGAUUUGAUGAGCAAGAUCACUAAGAACCUGGGAUUUGCAAUGGGAAUAGAAUUUCGGGAAGGAUCUCUUGUAAUCAACAGUAAAAAUCAAUAUAAACUCAAGAAAGGUAUGGUGUUUAGUGUUCACUUGGGGCUGGCAGACCUCACAAACAAGGAGGGAAAGAAGCAAGAGGAAAAGACUUAUGCCUUGUUUAUAGGGGAUACUCUGCUGGUGAAUGAGGAGGGACCGGCAACUGUUCUCACCAGUGUAAAAAAGAAGGUGAAGAACGUGGGCAUUUUCUUAAAGAAUGAAGAUGAGGAAGAAGAGGAGGAGGAGAAAGAUGAAGCAGAGGAUCUCUUGGGCCGAGGAUCCCGAGCUGCUGCUCUACUGACAGAAAGAACCAGAAAUGAGAUGACUGCAGAGGAGAAGCGGCGCACGCACCAGAAAGAGCUUGCAAACCAACUAAAUGAGGAGGCACGGAGGCGUCUAACAGAGCAGAAAGGAGAACAGCAGACGAUGAAGGCACGAAAGUCCAAUGUUUCUUACAAAAGUGCAUCUCAAAUGCCAAAGGAGUCAGAGAUUCGGGAGAUGAAGAUUUAUAUAGACAAGAAGUAUGAGACUGUUAUUAUGCCUGUGUUCGGGAUUGCUACUCCUUUCCACAUAGCCACCAUCAAGAACAUUAGUAUGUCUGUUGAAGGUGAUUAUACUUACCUCAGAAUCAACUUCUACUGCCCAGGCACUGCUUUAGGACGAAAUGAAGGAAACAUAUUUCCCAAUCCUGAUGCCACGUUUGUAAAGGAAAUAACCUACCGUGCUUCUAAUAUGAAGACUCCUGGAGAAACUGCUGUGCCAUCUCUUAACUUGCAGAAUGCUUUCCGUAUUAUAAAGGAGGUGCAAAAAAGGUACAAGACACGUGAGGCGGAGGAGAAGGAAAAGGAGGGCAUUGUCAAGCAAGACUCCCUAGUCAUCAACCUCAACCGCAGUAACCCGAAAUUAAAAGACCUUUACAUUAGGCCCAAUAUUGCCCAGAAAAGGAUGCAAGGCUCACUAGAGGCCCAUGUAAAUGGUUUUCGUUUCACCUCUGUGAGAGGAGAUAAAGUGGAUAUUUUAUAUAACAACAUCAAACAUGCCAUUUUUCAGCCUUGUGAUGGAGAGAUGAUUAUUGUACUUCAUUUCCACCUCAAGAAUGCCAUAAUGUUUGGAAAGAAGAGGCACACAGAUGUCCAGUUCUAUACAGAAGUUGGAGAGAUCACCACAGAUCUUGGAAAGCACCAGCACAUGCAUGAUCGAGAUGACCUGUAUGCUGAACAGCUGGAGAGAGAAAUGAGGCACAAAUUGAAAACUGCGUUCAAGAACUUCAUCGAAAAAGUUGAAUCUUUGACUAAAGAGGAUAUGGAGUUUGAGGUCCCUUUCAGAGAUUUAGGGUUCAAUGGAGCUCCAUAUAGAAGCACCUGUCUCCUGCAACCGACUAGCAGUGCUCUGGUAAACACCACAGAAUGGCCGCCAUUUGUUGUAACAUUAGAUGAGGUGGAACUUGUACAUUUCGAGAGAGUCCAGUUUCACUUGAAGAACUUUGACAUGGUCAUAGUUUACAAAGACUACAACAAGAAGGUCACAAUGAUUAAUGCCAUCCCUGUGGCAUCGCUUGACCCAAUCAAGGAAUGGUUGAAUUCAUGUGAUCUCAAGUACACCGAGGGAGUUCAGUCAUUGAACUGGACUAAAAUCAUGAAAACCAUUGUGGAUGACCCGGAGGGUUUCUUUGAACAGGGUGGUUGGUCUUUCCUUGAACCAGAGGGAGAGGGCAGUGAUGCAGAAGCUGGUGGUUCAGAGUCUGAAAUAGAAGAUGAGACCUUCAACCCCACUGAGGAUGAAGAGGAGGAAGAGGAGGAGGAUAGUGAUGAAGAUUAUUCUGAUGAAACAGAAGAGUCUGUUUAUAGUGAGGACUCUCUAGGCAGUGAUGAAGAGAGUGGUAAAGAUUGGGAUGAACUAGAAGAAGAAGCUAAAAAAGCUGACCGUGAAAGUCGUUAUGAAGAGGAGGAAGAACAGACUAUUAUUAGUAAGAAGAGGAAGGGUCAUGGACAUGCUCCCACUCCAUCGAAAAAGAGGAGGAAGUGACCCCAACAUUAAUACUUCCCUCUAAUCCACUCGCACUCUUUCUGAAGCUCUUUUUAGUUUAUUUUCUUUGAAGAAAAUCUCCGCUCCCCCUUCUCAUUCCUCAUUGUUAGCUCUUCCCUGAAUUCAGAAUAUCUAAUUCAUUUGCCCUGUGAGUCUGCGGUGCAUCACUUGUGCUUUUGCUGCUACAGACUGCCGGGAUGCUAUGUGAUAGUGAAAUGGACCAAUAUGGCAUUUUUUUAUUACUUUUCCUCUUCGCUUUCUUGAAACUGGACUGGUCAAAGUUGAAACCAUAAUGCAUUUUCAUAACCCAUUUAAUAAGUCUUUUUACCUGAACUUACAUUAUCAUUGUACUUAUAAACCUUUCCAUUGCUCCAUGGACUCUGUGAUGCUGUGUAGCAGAUUAAUGGUUAAAAAAAAAGAGAAAAAUGGCCCGGCCAGUCUAUAGUGCUGGGUGGUUUGCCUAUCUCCCUCUGUGCAUUUGACCAAUUCCAUUGUCUCAUUCAGUAACCUGCUGUUUUCUUAUUUCUUGUGCUUUCUUGUAAAAUGUUAUUAUUAUUUUUUUUUUAUUUACAAAAUGUUCUCUUGUUAAAAGUAUCACCUAAGUAUGUCCUCACUAUGGCUGCUUUUCUUUUCGCACUUCCACCUCUUUAUCGGCUAAAGGGGAUUUAACCCCCCCCCCCGUUCCACCUGCGUUUUCCUCUUUCUAAUUUCCCUUUCUCUAGUAGUGAGGUGUAAAUGGUGUUUUUCAGAACUUGGAGAAAUGUAAACAAAUAAAAACUUUUUGUACCUUUUUUUUUCUUUCUCCCCCUUCCGGUUGCUAUUUUUUGAGAUUGUGGUAGUUUCAGACCAUUUUUAUUAAACACUCAGAUUGUGUUGAGCAGCACUUGUAAAUGACACUUGGAUUGUUCAGUCCUGUUCUAAACAAUAAAAUGAGAUUCCUCAGGGAUACAAUGCCA